AUGGCGUUGGUUCCUUUCCUUAGCCGCCUCAAAGCCAUGGCUUCACCCGCGCGCGCCGAUCCGCCCUUCCCCGUGGAGCGCCUCCCCGACGACGUUCUCGCGCUCGUCUUCCGCGCGCUCGCGCAGACCUCCUUCCGCCACGCGCUCGUUUCCAAGCGCUGGUACCGCCUCGCCACGUCCGCGCUCUCCCAUCUGACCAUUCAGCAUGGCGGACCUAAACCAAAAUAUUUUACCAUUAUUGAGAUGCAUGAUCCCGAGCAUUUCCGCAACAAGCAGCUUGCGUGGCUCCCGCUCCCGCGCCUCCUGUCCGCGCUGCGCCGCUUCCCCGCCCUCACGCACGUGUCGCUGGGCGAGUUUUCCGUCUUAUCCGCCGACGGUGACGCGCUCUUCCAAUGUCUGGCCGCCACGUGUCCGAGCCUGAGCCAUCUAACGGUGGAGCAUCAGUUUCUCAUGGCGGUUACUGUAGACGGUCUCGAGUCGCUCUUCCAUGGAUGCCGCAAGCUAAGGGAAUUCCGCCUGCUCACCACCUUCUGCCUUCCCCAUCUCCCGCCGUCCCUCUCGCUCCUCACGGAUCUCCAAACUCUCCACGUGUGCGCUCAUCCUCUCUAUGGCGAUGACUCGUUACAGGAGCUCGUUUCGCCGCGCGAGAGCAUCGGCGCGCUGCAGCAGCUGCGGGAGUUGCGGAUCAGCGCGGGAGCGAGUUUCCAGGGACUCGGGGAGUGCAGAGCAUCUGCUUCCUCCCUCUCUCCUCCCUCUCCAUCUCCUCCUGCUCCUCCCUCACCUCACUCCCACUCCACAUCGACGCCUUGUCCCUUCUGCAAACCCUAA